AUGAAAUACACGCAUCAGAUGGCCAGUCCAAACAGCAGUAGCAUCCACAUAAACACCAACCACAAGCGCCAGAAUCGCUUCACACAGUUAAUGGACCGCCUGCCCCUGGGAGGGCUCAGUCCCAGCUCUGCCAAGCUGGGCACACCGGGGGCGCCGCAAAACCAGAACCAGAACCAGAAUCCAAGUCCAAAUCAGAAUCAGAAUCAGCCAUCAAUGUCCUCGUCGGUGAGCAGCCUGAAUCCCAGCAUCUCGCAGCUGGAGGUGACUUCUACAGGCGACCAUCUCUGCCGCUCCGUGAGCUUUCUUAGCGAGGAGCUGCUCCUGGACAUGGAGACCGGCGAGGAGAUCCAUGAUCCGCACAGGUAG